GAUGGAGCCGGACACGAUGCGGCGGCUGUUCGCCGGGGAGCUGGGGCCGGAGCGCGACUUCUUCAUCUACAGCCGGCACUUCAACCCCACGGUGCUCAACCUGGGCCGGCAGAUGGCCGCGCUCGAGGGCACCGAGGCCGCCUACUGCACCGCCUCCGGCAUGUCCGCCAUCGCCGCCGUCCUGCUCCAGCUCGUCGGCGCCGGCGGCCACGUCGUCGCCUCCAAGUGCCUCUACGGCGGCACCCACGCCCUCCUCUCCCGCUUCCUCCCCCGCGCCUGCGGCAUCCGCGCCACCUUCGUCGACGCCGACGACAUCCACGCCGUCCGCGCCGCCGUCCACGAGGGGGACACCAAGGUGAUCUACGUGGAGACGAUGGCGAAUCCGACGCUGGCGGUGGCGGACGUGCCGCGGCUGGCGGCGAUUGCGAGGGAGAAGGGGGUGAAGCUGGUGGUGGACAACACCUUCACGCCCAUGGUGGUCUCCCCCGCGCGACUCGGCGCCGACGUCGUCGUGCACAGCGUCUCCAAGUUCAUCAGCGGCGGCGCCGACAUCAUCGCCGGCGCGAUAUGCGGGCCGGCGAGCCUGGUGAACUCGAUGAUGGACCUGCAGCAGGGGGCGCUGAUGCUGCUGGGGCCGACGAUGAACGCGAAGGUGGCGUUCGAGAUCUCGGAGCGGCUCCCGCACCUGUCGCUGCGAAUGAAGGAGCACUCGGAGCGCGCCAUGGAGUACGCGGUGCGCAUGAAGAAGAUGGGCCUGAAGGUGGUGUACCCGGGCCUGCCCGACCACCCCCACCACUCCCGGCUAGCGGCGCUGGCCAACCCGGGGUACGGCUUCGGCGGCAUGCUCUGCCUCGACAUGGGCACGGUCGAGCGCGCCAACCGCCUCAUGCACCACCUGCAGAACACCACCCAGUUCGGCCUCAUGGCCGUCAGCCUCGGAUACUACGAGACGCUCAUGUCCUGCUCCGGCAGCAGCACCAGCAGCGAGAUGACCCCCCAGGAGCAGGCCGAAGCCGGCAUCGCCCCGGGCCUCAUCCGCAUGUCCGUCGGCUACAGCGGCACCCUCGAGCAGCGCUGGGCCCAGUUCGAGCGCGCCCUCGCCCUCCUGCACCAGCACCAGCACCAGCACCCUGACGCCGACGUCGGCAGCGGCGGCGGCAGCCUCUUCUGAACACGAACCACUAGUAGCCGCCCAAAACCUUUGUACGUAAAUUUGGACAGAGAGAGAUCACCCAUGCACGUAUUUCUACUGUGCUUAUGCAGAGGCAAUUUGUAAAACUGUUGACGUCGUGUGUGCAUAUGCUUUUAUCGAAUGACAUGCGAGUCGUAUUCAUGUAUUAGGCUCCGGGGAGGAGGAAAUAAAUAAUAAAAAUAAUAAUAAUAGAAA